CGACAGUUACGUUUACUGAGGAAAACAGCCGUUAGCCAGUAAAGCGAGAAAAGGGGGGAAUUGAAGAGGUGCCGUUACAACGGAUUAUCUUCAUCUUGCGAAAGGAAAUGAACGGAAUUCGACUGAAUCAAGAUCUGAUCACCAUGACAGAGGAAAAGAGAGGUGCGAAGGGUGGUGGCACUGCAAACAAACGAUUGAAACAGGGAGGCAAGGGGCUAGCACUACCCAAGAUUAGUUAUAAAGUUGAUGACUGUUAUAAGUUUACCGAACCUCCAGUAGAAAGUAUUGACGGUACCCCUUCCUAUCAGCCUAUGUACUUUUUGAGAACUCACUCAAAAAAUAAUGAUCCUGCUGAUGUUCAAACUCAGAUCUGGCAGUGUAUAUUUGAACCAAGCCUAAAGAAGCCUCAUGAAUCAACUGGUGUAGUGGCCACUUGUGGAGGAUCCUCAGUCUGUUUUAUCAGGGUCACAGAUGGUGAAGUGGUCCUAAAGUACAACCGCAAUACAAAAUCAGCUGCUGCUGUUGAAAAUUUGUAUGCACUAGCAUGGAGUGCUGUUCCCUUAGAUAGCGUAGGCCUAAAGAAACUUAACAUAUUAGCUGCUGCAGGAACUAAGUCCACUGUAUUGCUCAUUCACCCAGAUGCUGGAGUAUGUUACCAGAUGUUCAGAACUGUACCAACAAAAGCAGCUGCUGUGGUCUGUUCCUUGUUAUUUCACCCAAAAAAGGCUACUUGGCUAUUUUGUGGUCAUGAAGAUGGACAGAUUCAGCUUUGGGACAUUGGUGUACCAAAUCCCCCAAAAUAUGAAACCACCCCUGUGCAUAUAUUGACCAUCCCUCAAGUGGCAAGAGAUGUGUAUAACCUGACAUUUUCAAGCACUCAUGACCUACUGAUCGGUGGCUGUGAUGGAGGCUUAUAUGCCUGGAAAAUUGAUAUGGAAAAGAUUGAGGCCAAUGAGAGGUUAGAGCGCACUCAGUUUGAUCUUCCAGAAGUAGAUGGAAAUGGGUCUGUUCUUGACUCUGUCUGCAUGCUGCGUGAUGAUCUUUUGGCUGCUAAAUGUGCUUUACAUGGACAAAUAUACAUAUUCUCUCUGGAAAAGGCACUGAAUCAAAGGAAGUUUAACAAAGAACAAACCAGUUUGCAGCGACGUAGUUCAGAUAGAAGGAUUUUAAGGUUGAGAUGGAGCGAUACAGACAAUUAUUACAUGAACAUGGGAGUAGAUCAAAAAUCCUGCAUUCUUGUUUGUGGGGACGACAAAGGAUCUUUAUGGGUUUAUAAUCUUGCUUCAUAUGUUAAUGGUAAUAUUAAGAGUCCAUUAACGAGUAACACAGUGUGCAGUGCAGUUGAGCCUGUAACUAUCCUUGAGUGGCCAGAAUUAGAGGAUGCAGAGGUAGAAAAGGCGAGAAAACUUAAACUGGACACGUAUGAUAUUGUUGUAGAUAAGUGUUGUGUCUCUCCUGGAGGAAGACAUAUUGUAGCUGUCACAUCUAACAAUAUGGUUUGCAUAUGGAAAAGGGACAAGGAAGAGGAUGUGAAAGACAGUGAUGAUUCAGAUAACGAUUAGGAGUUUUCCUGCAAAUAACAAUGCUUAAUCUCAUUUCAAUAAAUUCAUAAAAGAAGUGAAGUGAAAUGUAAAAGUGUUGAUAGAAAAGAUUUUGAGUUGCAAGUUGUCAAAGUAAUAGUGAUUGCUAUUUUGAUACAUAUACUGACAAAUAAACAUGUACAGUAAUUUUUUUAUACUAAAAGUAACUGAAAAGUAGGUUUGAAAAUGUUUGCUACUAUGUGUUGUAAGCAAGUUUACCCUUAUAUCCUCCUCUGUCUCUACACAUAACCAUAACCUAUAUGACUGUUGUUACAGACCUGAAGUACCACUUAAUAUUAAUUAUUGCCCUUGAUUAUUGUGAUUUGAUGUUGGAAAUUUUAUUCAAAUCAAACUAAACUGUUUAUAUGGUACCAUGAAUGCCCUGUUUUAUUGAAAUAAAUAGAUUUCUGAAUUAUAUUUGUAAAAUAAAUAAGACAUAAUGCCUAGUUACAUCUUAUCUUACAUUACUUUUGAUGUGUACUGUAAGUGCUAUGCAAGAAGUUUUAUUCUUAUCUGUACAAUUUUAUAAAUGUUUACACAAAGAACUUAGCUAAGGCAAACAUGACAUUUCUUUUCAUUUAUAUAUGUUCAUUAGCUGAGGGUCUGCACAAGGAAGCCUCACAACCAUAGCUUGACAUGUAUAAGUAUUUAAACAAAUACUAUUCUAGAUUUUUAUAUAUAUGUAUUUAUUAUUAUUUUUUUACUUUAAUUCACAAUUUCCUGUUAUUGUACUUCCUUAGUUAUGUCAAAAGUGAAUUUUCAAGAACUUUCUGUUUAAUGUUUGAAAGUGCAAUUGAUGUAGUGUCAAGCAUAUGUGAAACUGAAGUAGUACUAUAUCGAAUUUACUCAAUAAACUUGUAGUUUAGUGUCAUUGAAAAUUGAGAAAGUUAAAUUAAUUUUUAACAUAAUAACCAUUUUGCUAGAUACAUAGUACAGUACUUAUAUUUUGUGACUAAAUGAACAUUUGAUUUUAUUCUUACUGUAUAAGUUUAUGAUCAAUUUCCUGAUGUCCCUUUUGUAGCAGACAAGUUAGCCAUUACCUACCUAAUGCAAAACAGUAUGUAGUAAGGUUCAUGAAUUUGUUCAUUGCUUUUUCCUAUUGUUAAUUUUCCUUCUGCAUCUAUUUUAAGCAAAGUAUGAUUUCUGAGUAAUUAUGUCAAGUCAAUCUGAGGCAGCAUAAGAAAGUAUUGAAGCCCAAGAGCAUGGUACUUAAAAAUGAAGGUCUUUCAGUUUUUGGGAAUCCUGUUAAGUGAUUGUGUUACUUUAGUCAUUUUUAAGAUACGCAGGAAAGUGUUUUAAUAUAGUCAGAUAUCAAAGCAAGGAUCAUAUGGUUCAGAAGAAAAGUUAGGAAAGGUUGUUUCAUAAUUGUGUAGCAUAAAUGAUAUAUGUAUCCAAUCAUUCUGCUAUGAGUGAGAGGGGUGGAUAUAAGGCCGCUGCUGUUAAGAGUAAAUGCUGAAGUACAAAAUGAAAAUUUUUUUUUGUGAAAUUUGUUAAACAAAUGAAGAUGCAAUAUUGCUCAUGUUGUUUGCGAUAUAUUUUGUAAAUGUAAGGCUUUGAAAUGUCCUAUAAUGACUAAAAUUAGGUUCUUGUAAUUAGUGAAUUAAAGGUGUACUAUGAAAUUUAAGUAGCCAUUGAAAAUUGAUGAAUAGGAAAUAACAAUCCUAUACUUUGGUAUCACUUGUCCAAGUGCCAUUUAAUGACAUUUGUAUUUUGCCUGCAUUCUGAAAAAUUAAUAAAUAUUUGAACUAUGAAA